AUGUCUGGACGUCCAGGAGGCCGCGGCGGACAGAAAGUCCAGGUUCCCCCGAUCAAUUUCAUCUUCAAGCUCUUGCAGUCGAAAGCGAGUGUCUCAAUAUGGCUAUACGAGAACCUCGGAAUGCGCAUGGAGGGCAAGCUCAGGGGAUUCGAUGAGUUCAUGAACCUUGUUCUCGACGACGCCGUGGAGGUCACGCUUGCGAAGAAGGACGCGCCCGAAUCACGACGAAAGCUGGGCCAGGUCUUGCUCAAGGGCGACAACAUCUCAUUGAUCCAGCAAAUCCAGCAAUGA